CCCCGGGGACCGGUCCCCUGCUCCAUCAGCGGAGCGGCCAUGAAUCAUCAGUGAGGGUCGAAGAUAGAUGGUUUAUUACAGACUAGUUUGAUUGCCCGGUUGCUUACAGUAGUUUGACGUUACCGUGUAAUAUCUGACAUUAGAGAACACACAUUUAGUCUUUCAUCGACGUUUCUCUCGACGCGGUGACGCGGAACCCGAACAAGCUGCGCAGCUCAACUUGUCAACACUUUGUGAAAGAUGGCGGACGCCGGCGCGCACCCGACCGAGGAGGACCCCGCCGCCGCGUUCCUGGCGCAGCAGGAGAGCGAGAUCGCGGGGAUCGAGAACGACGGAGACGGGUUCGGGUCGCUGGAAGAAGCGGACGACGGAGAGCAGACGUCCGCUCCGGAGCCGGAACCGGAGCUCAAGCCGGAGCCGACACCGGCCAGCUACGACGCUUUGGAAGAUGAGCCCUCCACCGAGAACGAGGACUUGUACCAGGAGGCCAACGGCCCGACGGACGGCUACGCCGCCAUCGCCCAGGUGGACGUCCAGAGACAAGAGCCGGAGAGCUUACGCAGGUGGAGGGAGGAGCAGAAGACACGCCUCGAAGCUUUAGACUUGGCGUCCAAGGCGGCGGAGGCCGAGUGGAGAGAGAAGGCCAAGAAGGAGCUGGAGGACUGGCACGUCCACCAGAGCGACCAGAUGGGGAAGAACAAGGUCAACAACAGGAUUGCUGACAAGGCGUUCUACAAGCAGCCUAACGCUGACGUCGUAGGCUUUGUAGCGUCGGAGGAGGACUCCCUGGCCGAGGACGGCGGCGCCGACGGCCCGGGGUCCGAGUGGGGCCGGGUCGCCCACCUCUGUGACUUCAACCCCAAAACCAGCAGGCAGGCGAAGGACGUCUCUCGGAUGCGCUCCGUCCUCAUUUCUCUGAAGCAGGCGCCUCUCGUCCGCUAGAGAACGGUGUGGAGGCGUUGAGCUCGACCUCACGGCGGUUUCUCUGUCCCGGUGUGUUUAUAAUCUUUUGAAAACUUCCCGCCUUUCUUGAUGCCUAAUAUAUUGAAUCUCCUUGCUCCCUCUCCUGUGAGGAGUGAAGGACUGCUGCUGUUCCUUUGGCUGCUCAGUUUGAUCACAGCUAUAUUUAAGAGAAUACCGUUCCUUUUUAAAUUAAACGUUCUCCUUCCCGGUUAUCUUACACAUUGUCAUUAGGUCAGUUUAGUGCAUGCCUAAGCUAAUAAUAUUUUUGGAUGCACAUUUUAUAGUUUUUAUGAAUUAGCAUUUUAUUUGAUGUCAAACCCGAAGCAGCCCUGACGGCUCAUCAGAUUGAAACCACUUCUGCCUCAUCGACGUCGACCCAUCAGCGUCUGUUCACAUGUCAUAUAACACUCAUAUUAACAUGGGAAGCAUAUUUGUUUUAAAUGCAUAAGCUUGUGGCCUUGUUGACUUCGCGCUUCCUCCAGUUUGAAUAUUCAGCUUCUUCAAUUAGACAAAAUAAAAUAACUCAACCAAAGAUCUAAAUUUUGAGAUUUAACGCGAUUUGAUAUCCCAUAAUUUCUUUGAAGUUUUUAUACCCAAUAUGCUUCGUUUAGUGUUCAAACAGUAAUCACCAGGUUGUACAUUUCCACAGCAACGUCUGCACAUCGUUUCACGUGUUGCCUGUUUGGACGUUAUGAAGAAACGAGAAAGUUGAAAGGGAAUUGGAAAAUAAAAGACAGCGGCUAUGAUGACCUCA